GCUUGGCGGCGGAGCUGAGGGCCAGGAGAGGCUGCCCUGGUCCCAGGAGCUGGCCUGGGCAGCUGGCAGGGACCCCUGAGGAGGGCACCCCGAGGGGCUGAGGGGGGAGGCCAUGGCCAUGGACGCCCCACAGCUCCAGAGUCCGGCCCAGAAAGCUUCACAAGGAUGCAGCGCUGAUCCAAAGGCAGCUGUUCAGCUUGAGCAGAUCUGCUGCUCCCAUUCAGAUCUUGCUGAAACCGCUGAGUUCAGCAUAACAAUGUCUUUGGGGCACUUAGCCAAAGGAGCCAGCAUAGAUGAGCUUAUUGAUACUUGUAUUCAUUCUUUCGAUUCAGAAGGAAACCUAUGCAAAAAUGAUCAGCUAUUGAAGGUAAUGUUGACCAUGCAUCGACUUAUCAUAUCAUCUACUGAGAUGCUGCAAAAACUAAUAGAUCUAUACCUGGAUGCCCUGGAAAAUAAUUCUUCUUUGCUUUGCUAUAAGAUAUGUUACCUCGUAAGGUUUUGGAUAAGAGAAUUCUGGAUCAUGUUCAAAACUGAUUCCAGUCUUACAAACUCCAUGGAGGAAUUUCAGGAACUGGUGAGAGCUAAUGGUGAGGAGUUACACUGUCGCCUAAUUGACACAUCUCAAAUAAAUGCUCGAGAUUGGUCUAGAAAGAUCACCCAGCGGAUAAAUUCCAACAGCAGUAAGAAACGAAAAGUCUCACUGCUCUUUGACCACUUGGAACCAGAGGAGUUGUCAGAUCAUCUCACUUACCUUGAAUUCAAGUCCUUCCGAAGGAUAUCAUUUUCAGAUUAUCAGAACUACAUCAUGAAUGGCUGUGUAAAGGACAAUCCAACAAUGGAACGUUCAGUUGCUCUUUGUAAUGGUGUUUCCCAGUGGGUACAACUAAUGGUGCUUAACAGACCAACACCACAACUUCGGGCUGAAGUAUUCAUCAAAUUCAUUCAUGUCGCCCAGAAACUUCAUCAGUUGCAGAACUUCAACACUUUAAUGGCUGUGAUAGGUGGUCUUUGCCACAGUUCCAUCUCUAGACUUAAAGAAACAAGUUCUCAUGUUCCUCAUGAUGUACAUAAGGUGUUCAAUGAAAUGACAGAAUUGCUGUCAUCUUGUAGGAACUAUGAUAAUUAUCGGCGUGCUUACAAUGAGUGCAAUGCUUUUAAGAUCCCUAUCCUUGGAGUACACCUGAAAGACUUGAUUUCCCUUUAUGAGGCUAUGCCAGAUUACUUGGAAGACAACAAAGUUAAUGUCCAUAAAUUGUAUUCUUUGUACAAUCAUGUGAAUGAACUGGUACAGCUGCAAGAGUUGGGACCCCCCUUGGAGGCUAACAAGGAUCUUGUUCAUCUCCUCACAUUGUCCCUUGAUCUUUACUACACCGAAGAUGAAAUUUAUGAACUUUCAUAUGCACGGGAGCCAAGAAGUCACCGAGCUGCACCUUUGACGCCUUCUAAACCCCCAGCAGUAGUAGCAGACUGGGCCUCUGGUGUAGCCCCAAAACCUGAUCCAAAGACCAUAAGUAAGCAUGUUCAGAGGAUGGUAGAUUCAGUUUUCAAAAAUUAUGACCAUGAUCAGGAUGGAUACAUUUCUCAGGAAGAAUUUGAGAAGAUAGCAGCUAGUUUUCCUUUUUCCUUUUGUAUAAUGGACAAGGACAGGGAAGGCCUAAUCAGCAGAGAUGAAAUAACAGCUUACUUCAUGAGGGCAAGCUCAAUCUAUUCUAAAUUGGGCCUUGGCUUUGCCCACAACUUUCAGGAAACCACUUAUCUGAAGCCAACAUUCUGUGACAACUGUGCUGGAUUUCUUUGGGGAGUUAUUAAACAAGGAUAUAGAUGCAAAGAUUGUGGGAUGAACUGUCACAAGCAAUGCAAAGAUCUGGUUGUCUUUGAAUGUAAAAGAAGACCUAAAGUCAUGCCUGUGGACAACAGUCCUGCAUCAGCCCUUGCGUCUAGUCUCUGUCCCAUGGGACUGAAAGAACACAUGCAUGGAUUGGAGGAAGGUGGAUUUCCAUUUCCUAAUGGAGAAGUGGUUGAGCACAAUGAAGGGAGCAAAGACAGAACUAUUAUGCUGAUGGGGGUUUCAGCUCAAAAAAUCUCUGUAAGACUAAAGCCUUCUAUAGUGCACAAGAGCACACAGACUGACCUGAUGCUGAUACAUGUGGAAGGGCUCUCCAGAGAACAAAGAGAACCAGGAAUACUACCUGAAAGCACUUUCCUCCAACCUACCCCUCUGUCUCCAUGUCCAAGCCCAGUUCUUAGCCGUAAAAAGGCUUAUGUGAAAUGGGAAAACAAGGACUGCAAUCAAAAAGCAAGGGAGGAACCAUGUACUUUAAAGCCCACCUACCAUGAAUUAGAGCAGGAAAGAAGUAUUCUUGCAACAGAGAAUGAGGCAUUAAAGCUGCAGCUUAAACAGGCACAUCAGAAAAUUGAAUUCCUCAGUGUUCGAAGAAACCACAUUUUGGACAGCAGGGAACAUGGAGACUGCUUGUAGCUAACAAGUCAGGAGCUCUUCUGUGAAAGAUGGUAAAGGCAAAUGGGCCUCAAGGGCUGGUGCGUUCAAGCAUGUUGAGAGUGGGACUGUUUCAAACAAAGUUAUUCCUGUUCUGCCUGUUAAUAAUAGGUGUGAAUGUAUGCAUUCUCUAUUUAACAGGUUUAAAAUAGUUUGCCUUCCACUGGUGAAAAUGGUGUCAUUUGGAAUUCCUUUUAAUUUGGACAAGCAAAAUUGCUGCUGUUUUCCUAAUAAGGCAACCAAAUGUCAUUGAAAAAGAAAAAGACCUCUCUUUUUCUAGAACUGGAAAUAGUAAGUGAAUUCAGCAGUGCAAAGCUGGAAUGAAAUUACUUGGAGUAAGGUGAGGGAGGAAGCGUUCUCAAAACAGCUAUCACAAAGCCAAUGUGUUGUUUUCUGUGACAAGCUGUGUAGCAAUACAGGAUAAUAUACAGGCAAAGGCUAAGUCUUGUUGGUGUCAAUUGAACAGAAGUAUUAAGUAGUAUGUCCUCCCCCUCCACAAUUCAUGCAUCUUAAAAGUACUUUACUCUAGCUGAUCAUAUUCCAUCUUUCAUUGUAGAAAUACAGUACACAAUAAUGAUGAUGAUCCUUUUUCAUCACACCACAGGUUAUGUAUCUAGUGGCUUCUUCCACCCAUGGAACAAGCACCACUGGAAUAAUAAACUCCCUCCUUUUUUCCUGCAGUGGAAUAAAAGAAAGUGGCUUUUGCACUUUGGGUGCAUUUGCUUCUAGUUUGUUGCUGACAAUAGAUUAUUGAAGGAAGGCCUGUUCAGAAGGGACAUCCUCACAUAUGUUCAUCUACAUACAGCCCUUUUAAAUUUGUAAUGCAGAAAGCACAUGAAAACUGAAAUGUACAUUCAUCUCUUUGCACAGCCCUUGGGAAAAUGUGAUCUAUUUGAGUUCGGAAACCAGGUUCAAAACAUGGCUUGGAUAGGAAGGUCACUAAGUGGCAUUGGUUUACAUUUUUCAGACCAGUCUUAUUUGACUGAUUGGUUGAGUAGUUUUAAAGCUGAAUUCCUGCCCACUCGAUAAGUAUUAGUUAAUCACACCUGUGAACAAAUAGCACCAAAAUGCUAAAUGCCACUUUUGUUUUGUCUUACAAAAUCACUUUAGCUUUCUAUCUUAUAAUGUCAAGAACUGACAGAUAAAAUGAUACACUGUGAAAUGUGGUAUCAAGUACUUGCGACUUUGUGUAAUUUGUGUUUUAUUUAUUUACGACCUCUGUUGAAAGCUCUUGUUUCAGACAAAUUCCUUAAUUUAUUUUUACAAGAAUGAUAUAUUAGCUGCCCAGCUCUUGUGGUUUUUCUGCUUUCUGUUCCGAUGUAUGUAUUUAUUCCUUUUGGAGUAAUUCACUGUCAACUCUUUGUAUUUUCAUUUGUAAAGGCCCAGCAUAAUUUGUAAGAUUCUUUAUAUAAGCAAAUCUAUGAUUUUAAAUGCAUGUUUCAUGGACUGGAUACAGUUAAGUAAAUCUGAUAAAGUAAUAUAACUACACUCUAUUGAUUGUAAAUAUAAAUUUGUCAUGCAUGGUUUUUACAAGUUGAACAGAUUAUACACUAAACAUGAAUAAUCUAAACACCCUAGAAGGGAAAACCUUAAGACCCCUAAUGUAUUUUUCUCUUUUUCUCACACAUUUGCCCUGCUUCAGCAAUCUUCCUCCAAAAACAUUGCAGCUUUCCUCACAUGUGAACCCGCACUGAAUCCUAAAGCAUCCCAGUCUUUAAAAGUGGGGAACCUUUUUCCUUUGAAGAUCUUCAUUCCUUCCAGAAAGAGUAGUCCCCACAUAUUAGCUGUGGGGACAAAACUUGUAAACAUUCACAUGUUCUUACUUAAAUCUCUUCCCUCCCUUCUCCAUUGUUUCCUCUCACACACCAGCACAUACAGAACUUCCUGUUUCUGUACUCUUCUGUAUUGAGAAGAGUCGCUUCUUCAGUGUACGGCUAAGUACAGUGCAGUGCCUGUGAUUUUGUCCUCUUUAGACAGCUCCCUGUGCUCUUCUAGUGUGUGCCAAAGGAAUUUUUCUCAGUCAAGGGAAUGAAUAGAUAGCAGAGUUGCUUCACAGUUCCAAGAGAAAGAGCUGCUGUAUACAAGGCAGAAAAGGGCAGAUGCAACCCUGGAUAAAGAGACAGAUGGGACUAUCAAGAAUGUGCUCCAUGGCUGGCUUUCUGCCUCAGCUUUAGUGAGCAUUUUUUUUUUCUCUUGGUUUAGUAAGAUGGAGAGGGACCCUGUCAGGACCAAAUGCCAAAAUGCUGACCAUGAAAUGGACAGGCAGAAGUAAUUGCACUGAGGCCAUGGAUAUGGAUUCCUCUGUUUAGCAUCUGGAUGAAGUUGCUGAAAUGGUGUGAAGAUUUGCAGGACAGUGCCUUCAGUAUGCAAAAGACAACUGUAGCUCACCUUCACAGAUCUAAGAGGCUUAUCACAUUACAAAAGAAAGAUGAGAGGCACCGAGAUAGGAGUGGCUUUCUGCUUACUGGCUCCCUAUAUUAUCAUCGUAACUUCUGUUCUCCCUCUAGAAGAUGUUCAUAAAAGUAUGGCUUUUGCCAAAUGGACUUUUCCAACAGGACAAAAGGCACAAGUUUAUGAUUGUAUCAGUUGGAAACAGAACAGGCCGUGCUUCUAGGGCAUGUGAAGAUGUAAACUGAAAGCCGCUUCUAUCGCAUUGCCUCUCGUCUUACUUUUGUAAUGUGAUAAGGCUCAUAGUGAUGCCUUGGAAUUCCUGAAUGGAAGUGCCUCAGAGUGAGUUAACAGUAUUUCUCAAACAUUUUUCCCUUGUGACCCCCUUUGUGGACAUCGUGCCCUCCCCCAACAUAAUAUAGGUAUAAAAAUAUUUUUAGCGUGCAUAUUUUCAUUCGCACAUUCAUGUAUAUUCAUGAAUAUACAGGAAUAUAUCCAUGCAGCAGCAUCUUGUUCCAAGAACUGGGGCAGUGAUGGGAUGGGUUGGGAAAGCAGCAGCGGCGGCUCAGGAUGGGCCCUGCCAGAGGCCAGGAUCCAGCGUGUUUCACUGCUCUGCUCUUUGUCUUCCCUCAGGCAGAGACUGCUGCUCCAAGCAGCCUCCUUGCCUUUCUCUUCCCCCUCCAGGACAGAAAAGGUUGGAGUGGGAGGAGGACUAGAGGGAGUAGGGGUCAGCAAGUCUCAUACCCUCCCUGGGAGUCCCACCCGUUUGGGAACCAUUGAGUUAGUAGCUGCAGGAGUUACCAAAUCACAACAAUCAAGAAACACCCUCCUCCUCUCUAGAUUUAGGACAAAUACUUUCAUGAAAAUUUUUCCUUCGAAGAUGUUCAUACUAGGUAAGACUUUCCCUGAAGGAGUUCAUACAGCUUAGGAGUGUCCCUGGGGACAGUGUGCUGUCACCGGUAGUUCAUUUUCCCAGUUACACCUAGUGCACUUGAUCGUACUCUUUCUUAGCAAUCGCAGACAUGUUUCUGUCAACUAGAUCAGAUCUGUAUGAGCAACAUGUAGAGCACUUGAAGACUGUGGACAUUUUAUUCAGUUCAAAGGUAUUGGCAUAUUGUUAACAAGAAUUAACCAGAAGGAUCUGAUUUAUUAAUUUCAGAACAAAAUUCAGUGUACUAACACUAACCUGUACAGUUCUGGUUAGUAGUUUCCUUGAUUAAGAGAAGGAGUGAAGUAAUAAGUUUUCAGUGGGAGCUCAGGGAGCUUUGUUAAAAGGUGCAUUGCUGUUUGGGGUAUGUCAGGUAUUCACCAGAACCAGUUCCUUAUUCAGUCCUGUUUCUUGCUCUCUGGGACAAUAUAAGUGGUGUCAAGUGAAAAGCAUUAUUACAACAUAGAAGAAUAUUUUUAUUCACCAGUUUAGGAGUAAUAAUUAACACCUAUGAACUCUUGACAAUACAAUUUUUACUUUUUUUAUUUUUCAUUUGAGCCAAAAUAACUUUUUGCGUGCUUUCCUAUGUAGCUGUAUGGUCGAUUCUGUGGACAGAUACAUGGCCAUGAAACUCAACAGAUUUAUUUUUCAGUAAUCUGGAGUAGGUUUAUUUUCCCAGUCCCAUGUACAACCAAAUCAGUCGUUUCUUUUCCUACCCAAGGUGAUGCAUGUGUGGGUUCAUGAAUAGUUUUUAUACUGUUUGCAUGAUGAAGUGAGGCAUCAUCUUCAGUAUCAGCCAUUAUGUUUGCUGUUGCUCAAGCCAUCACAUUAUGCAUAUUUAUAGCAAUUGUUCCUAACCUUUUGAAAACAGUUUGCAAGCAGUCAGCAGGGUGAUAUCAGCAUGAUGGAUACAUCCUUCUCCGCAUUCCUUGCAAAACACAUACACCGAAACAUCACAUCCUUACAGUUAUCAGUCUUUUUAUCUUAUACCGAUGGUAGCUAUCUCAUACUUACUAUAGUUUGAACAAAUUAGUACAUAAAAAUUAUAAAAUAAAUUAAGAAUGUGAUGUUGCAAUAGAAAUUGUAGGUUUUUUGUCUUUUCUUGAAAUCUGCUUUCACCUGACAAAGAUAUCGGUAAAACUGUGACAAGCAAAGAUACUGACUUUUAAAUGUGCAGGCUGUAAAAGGUGGCUAAUGUCCAUUUAAUGAUAUUUAUUAAAAUUUAAUUACAGUAAUGCC